AUGCCUUACGAUAUCACAGAUAAAUUCACAAAGGCAGCGUCGGUGCUCGUCACCGGCGAACUUGUUAAAGAUGAAUACUUCACGCUAUUCGAGGCUGUGGGAGCCCUUGAGAUUAUGGACUCAAAAAUGGACAGCGGCUACCUUGCUCCUGGAGAGACUCUCGACCAUAAUUAUGACGUGAUGAGGGAACUGCUCCCAGAGGAGGUUCUAGGGAUAAUGGACCAACUAUUAUGCUACGAGGUGGCAUGGCAUAUGGGGCAUCCGCUUUCGCAAACGUUGUUUACAUCAAUAUACCUUGACCAUUUACUGUGGCCAGUCCCUAAAUCACUAGAAGAUGCAAGAUUCGAUAGCAACACAGCCGUUCCCAUAAAAGGGGAAGAAAAUGCAGCAGGAGGCAUUGUAACCGUUGUGCUAAGAGCAUACUGCCUUGCUUUAAUCAAAGCUUGCGCGUGUGUUCGAGACAGGAUUACAUCGGAAUUUUACUACGAGGAGGAAGAUUUUAGCACUCAGUUAUAUAACAGAAAGUUAUUUCCCAAUGUCAAGGUUGAGGAGAUUAUAGACGUCCUUGAUAAUGCUAUUGAGUGGAUCAAUCAUGAGACGAGGCCAAUCGACGAAACACUUAGGGUUGCACUCCUUAAUCGGCUCUCUUUCCGGCGUCAUAUCCUAGAAUACCUCUCUCUAGACCUUGUUCUGUCACAGUCACAUUCUACAACAAGCCUGUCUUCCACAUUAGGCCAAAUAGACCUCAUACAAAAAUCACUACAUCUAGGAAAACCUGUCGAAGAUGCCUUUAGUGGAAAGAUUCAACGGCGACUCGCAAGCACCGUUCCGCCACGGCCGAUAAUCAAGAUUGAAGCACAAGAAGCUAUAUCGUACUUGAAAAGAUUCUGCCAGGACGCAAUAGAUUUACAGGAAAUACUUGACUCAGACAGCGCAUUUACCCUCUAUAAUUUAUUAUGGACUUUGCAAUCGCGCAAACCACAGCCGAGUGUCUACAUCCGAUCUUUAGCGCAGUCCAUUCUAUUACUAAAUGGACAGGUCCUUGACAACUUACCCGCAGAGAAAUUCUGUAGCGGCAGUAUGAAAGACCUUGUCCUCCCAUUUAGUCCUGUCUUUGAUACCAAAAAUGAGGAGGUAGAAGUUCCUUCAAACCCAAAGUUUCAAAUAGCGAAACAAAUGGGCUCUUUUAUACAAAGAAUGACCCAGCCUUUCAUCGACUCCUACCGAACAGUUUGCUUAAACCGCUGCCGAGUACGGCGUACACUCUGUCAUAACAUAGUUGACUGGGAUAGGCUACAGGCUGAGGCUGAGGAAUGUGAUACUCAACUUCGCACAUGGACGAUGGAAACCCCCAUAUAUUUACACGGAGAAGAGCCAACCUAUACGUACCCCUUAAGCAGUUGGACGUAUCAUUAUAAACUCCAACAAAUGCGCUUAGUGGCUCAACUAGGAUUUGAGCUCUCGAUGUACUCCUUGGGAGAAUUCCAAGGCAUGUAUUGGUACUUAUCUCACAUAUGUUCAACUCACCUCGUACACCUUGAUCGCAUACGAGCUUGCGUCAUCACCGAGAGCCAAAGAGCGUUGUCCAAACCUGGUGAACAAUCACGGCUGGACAUCGAAAGUCGUAUAAAGUCUCGCGAACGUACUCUAAACCUCCUUGAUCGAUUAUCUACGGAACUUGGGGUUACGGAUGCAUUUUCCAUCGCUUUGAAUGCUCUUUAUACUCUCCUCGCACGCCAUGAUUUGAUAGACCUAAGUUGUUCGUCAUCGCCUGGUUAUUCCGCUGCAAAGCUUCGUUAUGAACUCCGCAUGAAGCCGUUUCUUCCAAUUUCCUUGCCCGAGGUUUUGCCCUUUGAUAUCUAUGAACGCGAAGCCACUCUUGAGGGUCAGAGUGACAAGGCUGUUUUAAACAGAGCUGUUCGAGCUGCCGCUGAAGCAAAGAAGGGCCUAGAAAGAUAUCUGGCAGAUGGUCCUUACCUCACGCCAAAGGAGAAACUGCCAAAGACGUCGUCUGGUCUUGAGAGUGAUUGGAUAAAAAACGCAAAGAACAUGCUUAGAGCAUGUAUUGCAACAAGCAUAGCAAUUGACACUGUGAAAAAGGCUAUACUGGCCAAGACACCAUCUACACCUCUAAAUAUCUCUGUCCAGGUCCCUGAGGUUGGAUCACAGUCCCGGUGGCACGAUUGGUGGGCCGUUCCGCAGGUAUCGGAAGCCCUACCAAUUAUUGGCCCGAAAAGGGGCGCAAAUUGA